AUGAUGACUGCAGAGUCAAGGGAAGCCACAGGUCUGUCCCCCCAGGCUGCCCAGGAGAAGGAUGGGAUCGUGAUAGUGAAGGUAGAAGAGGAAGAUGAAGAAGACCACAUGUGGGGGCAGGAUUCUAGCCUGCAGGAGACGCCUCCUCCCGACCCGGAGAUUUUCCGCCAACGGUUCAGGCACUUCUGUUACCAGAACACUUUUGGGCCUCGGGAGGCUCUGAGUCGACUGAAGGAACUUUGUCAUCAGUGGCUCCGGCCGGAGAUCAACACCAAGGAGCAGAUCCUGGAGCUGCUGGUGCUGGAGCAGUUCCUUUCCAUCCUGCCCAAGGAGCUCCAAGUCUGGCUGCAGGAAUACCGUCCCGAUAGUGGGGAGGAGGCCGUGACCCUUCUGGAAGAUUUGGAGCUUGAUUUAUCAGGACAGCAGGUGCCAGGUCAAGUUCAUGGACCUGAGAUGCUCGCAAGGGGGAUGGUGCCUCUGGAUCCAGUGCAGGAGUCCUCGAGCUUUGACCUUCAUCAUGAGGCCACCCAGUCCCAUUUCAAGCAUUCAUCUCGGAAACCUCGCCUCUUACAGUCACGGGCUCUCCCUGCCACCCACGUUCCUGCCCCUCAUCACGAGGGCAGUCCCAGAGACCAGGCGAUGGCAUCUGCACUAUUCACAGCAGAUUCCCAGGCAAUGGUGAAGAUCGAGGACAUGGCCGUGUCCCUCAUCCUGGAGGAAUGGGGAUGUCAGAACCUGGCUCGGAGGAAUCUCAAUAGGGACAACAGGCAGGAGAAUUAUGGGAACGUGUUUUCCCAGGGUUGUGAAAACAGGAGUGAGAAUGAGGAGUCAACCUCAAAGGCUGAAAUCGCAGAAGACUCAGUGCCACGUGGGGAGACAACGGGAAGAUUCCAGAAAGAUUUUGGAGAAAAACGUGAACAGCAGGGCAGAACAGUAGAAAGGCAGCAGAGAAACCCUGAGGAAAAAACUGGAAGAGAAAAAAAAGAUUCGGGGCCAGCUACGGUCAAGGAAAAAAAAACCACCGCGGGCGAGAGAGGUCCAAGGGAGAAGGGUAAAGGUUUGGGAAGAAGUUUCAGCCUGAGUUCAAACUUUAACACCCCUGAAGAAGCUCCAACAGGAGCAAAGUCCCACAGAUGUGAUGAAUGUGGUAAAUGCUUCACAAGGAGUUCAAGCCUUAUUCGCCAUAAAAUAAUCCAUACCGGAGAAAAGCCCUAUGAAUGUAGUGAGUGUGGGAAAGCCUUCAGCCUCAACUCAAACCUGGUCCUGCAUCAGAGAAUCCACACAGGAGAGAAACCUCAUGAAUGUAACGAGUGUGGCAAAGCCUUCAGUCACAGUUCAAAUCUCAUUCUCCAUCAGCGGAUCCACUCUGGAGAGAAACCCUAUGAAUGUAACGAAUGUGGGAAGGCCUUCAGCCAGAGCUCAGACCUGACUAAACAUCAGAGGAUCCACACGGGGGAGAAACCCUAUGAAUGUAGUGAAUGUGGGAAAGCUUUCAACCGAAACUCAUACCUUAUUUUGCAUCGGAGAAUUCACACCCGAGAAAAGCCCUAUAAGUGCACUAAGUGCGGCAAGGCCUUCACGCGGAGCUCGACCCUCACUCUGCAUCAGAGAAUUCAUUCCAGAAAGGAACCUCAUGAAUGCGAUUCGUGUGGCAAAGCCUUCCAUGCCAUCUCAGCCCUUAGCAUCAGAAAGCUUACGCUACUGGCCCUAAAGAACCAGAAACCCAAAGGAACCAAUACUCCUGCUCCACAGAGUCCCACCUGUAGUGAGGCUGUUUCUGGAAUCGGUGUGAUGACCAAGGUUUUGGGCAUGGCUGCAGUUCGGGGCCCUCGGCCUCCACGGGAGAGGGGGCCUCUGGUGGUUAAAGAUGAGGACGAAGAGGAAAGGCAGAGCCUUCCUAGCCUGGAGGUGUUCCGCCAGCGCUUCCGGCAGUUUGGCUACCAUGACACACCUGGCCCCCGGGAGGCCCUGAGCCAGCUCCGGGUGCUGUGCUGCGAGUGGCUGAGGCCCGAGAUCCACACCAAGGAGCAGAUCCUGGAGCUGCUGGUGCUGGAGCAGUUCCUGACCAUCCUGCCCCAGGAGCUCCAGGCCUGGGUGCAGGAGCACUGCCCGGAGAGCGCCGAAGAGGCCGUCACUCUCCUAGAGGAUCUGGAGCAGGAACUGGACGAGCCAGCACAGCAGGUCUCACCUCCUCCAAACGAACAGCAACAGGUGUGGGAGAAGAGGUCCUCCUCAGGAACAGCAACAUUUCCAAGCAGCACACAGCCCCAGUCUGCAGAGACCAGUCACAAAAGCGAGGGUUGGGAGCCCUUGUACAUCCAGGAGACUGGGGAAGAGGAGGAUCUCACUCCAGAGCUGAGAAAGAGUCAAGAUCGUAACUCGAACACCCAGAAUGAGGACUCCAUAGAUCAGCAGAAAAGUUCUGAAGAGUCUCAGGAGCUCAAAAGGGAGGUUACUCCCAUGGUCGUUGCCAGUAAAUGUGAGGCCAGGUUAGAAAGGCAGUGGGCAAACCUUGAAAAGGAAAGAGGAACAAAAACUCCUCUUCUAGACAAAGGUUCCAAGAAAGGCAGAGAAUUGAUUCCCACCAAACCUGCCCCAGGAGAGAGGCGUUACAUCUGUGCCGAGUGCGGAAAAGCCUUUAGUAAUAGCUCAAAUCUUACCAAGCACCGGAGAACUCACACUGGGGAAAAGCCCUAUGUGUGCACCAAGUGUGGGAAGGCUUUCAGCCACAGCUCAAACCUCACCCUCCAUUACAGAACACACUUGGUGGACCGGCCCUAUGACUGUAAGUGUGGGAAAGCCUUUGGUCAGAGCUCAGACCUCCUUAAACAUCAGCGAAUGCACACAGAAGAGGCGCCUUAUCAGUGUAAAGAUUGCGGAAAAGCUUUCAGUGGGAAAGGCAGCCUCAUCCGACACUAUCGGAUCCACACUGGGGAGAAACCUUACCAAUGUAACGAGUGUGGAAAGAGCUUUAGUCAGCACGCAGGUCUCAGUUCUCACCAGAGGCUCCACACCGGAGAGAAGCCGUACAAAUGUAAGGAGUGUGGGAAAGCCUUUAAUCACAGCUCAAAUUUUAAUAAACACCAUAGAAUCCAUACCGGGGAGAAGCCCUACUGGUGUAAUCACUGUGGAAAAACCUUCUGUAGUAAGUCCAAUCUUUCCAAACAUCAGCGAGUCCACACCGGAGAGGGAGAAGGGGUGAGUCCGGCGGCCCCAGGGGCUCGCGGUGAGACGGAGGCUGUGGCCGCCAGGGAAAGGGGUGGUGUCCGCGCCGCGCCCGUUGGGUCCCCAGGCCCGCCCACCGGAGACCCAGAACUUCUAGCCCUACUCAUGGAAACUCAGGCUGAUUGUGUAUCUCAGGAACCGCAGGCCCUGCUUGAGAGUGCUCUUCCUUCCUCGAAAGUUCCUGCAUUUUCCAACAAGGACAGCCUGGGGGAUGAGAUGUUGGCAGCUGCACUCCUAAAGGCCAAGUCCCAGGAGUUGGUGACGUUUGAGGACGUCGCUGUGUACUUCAUCCGGAAGGAGUGGAAGCGUUUGGAGCCUGCUCAGAGGGACCUCUAUAGGGAUGUGAUGCUGGAGAAUUACGGGAAUGUGUUCUCGCUGGAUGGCGAGACCAGAACUGAGCACGAUCAAGAAAUUUCCGAAGAUACAGGAUCACAUGGGGUGCUGUUGGGAAGGUUCCAAAAGGAUAUUUCUCAGGGUCUUAAAUUCGAAGAAGCCUAUGACCAAGAAGUCGGUCUUAAGAGGCAACUGGGGAGCUCCUCUGGAGAAAGACUGACCAGGAAGAUAGAAGAUUUCGGUCAAGUGACGAAUGAGGAAAAGCUAACUCCUGUGGGAGAGAGAAGUGAGAAAUACAAUGAUUUUGGGAACAGCCUCGCUGUGAGUUCUAACCUUAUUUCACAUCAGAGACUUCCUGUGGGAGACAGACCCCAUAAGUGCGAUGAAUGUAGCAAGAGCUUUAAUCGAACUUCAGACCUCAUUCAGCAUCAGAGAAUCCACACUGGGGAGAAACCCUAUGAAUGUAGUGAGUGUGGGAAGGCCUUCAGCCAGAGCUCACAUCUCAUUCAGCAUCAGAGAAUCCACACCGGAGAGAAGCCGUACGAAUGUAACGAUUGUGGGAAGACCUUCAGCUGCAGCUCUGCCCUCAUCCUCCAUCGAAGGAUCCACACGGGGGAGAAGCCCUACGAAUGUAGCGAAUGUGGGAAGACCUUUAGCUGGAGCUCUACCCUUACUCAUCACCAGAGAAUCCACACUGGAGAGAAACCGUACGCCUGUAAUGAGUGUGGGAAGGCCUUCAGUAGGAGCUCUACCCUCAUCCAUCACCAGAGAAUCCACACUGGAGAGAAGCCCUAUGAAUGUAACGAGUGCGGGAAGGCCUUCAGCCAGAGCUCGCACCUCUAUCAGCACCAGAGAAUCCACACUGGAGAGAAGCCCUAUGAAUGUAUGGAAUGCGGAGGAAAGUUUACCUACAGUUCAGGCCUUAUUCAGCAUCAAAGAAUCCACACGGGGGAGAAUCCCUACGAAUGUAGUGAGUGUGGGAAAGCCUUUCGAUACAGCUCAGCUCUGGUCCGCCAUCAGAGAAUUCACACUGGAGAGAAGCUUGAAUGUAAUGGGAAUGAGCAAAAGUUCUCUCAGAGUCGCUGCCGAGCUCAAUAUCGAAGAGUCUACCUGAGAGAGAGCCGCACACCUGUUUUCCUCACUUCCUCUGAUUCUGACGAGCUCCUGCCUUACUACAUAAGUAUGAACAUCUUAGAGCGUGUCCCUUCCGGCUCAAACCUUUCGCUUUAGAGAAUGGGGCAGAUGGGGGAGAUCAUCCCGGCACACCCUCGUGACGAGCUACCUGGUCACUUUCCCCCAGGAGUGACACCCAGAGGCGAGCGGCAGGUUGAGUGCUGGGCACGCCAGGGAAGCUCUGGGACCGGUCACCUUCCAUUUUGGAAGGGAGUUUGCACUAGCCCGUUUCUCUCACACCAGAGGAGCCUUUCCUUCCAAGGUGGGGAGUGGAAGCACAGUAGGAAGAAAAUUCCAAGGACUCCUCUGGUUGGAGUCCAUGUAGUCGGCACCGAAGGCAGUGGAAAGAAUGUCCCGGGUCCUGCUGUUUGCUAACAAGGGGACACAGAGGCUGUAUUUCAAAGCCACUGUCCCUAAUCCAGCUUUAGGUUCUGGUAAGGAACCUUUGCUAUUUGUUGUUACUUUUUUUGUUCCAUGAUUUCGUCAAUUAAUGGAAAUUUGGUGCUGAGGGAUUUGUUAUUUUAUUGGGGGGGUUCCGUGAGGUUUUCUGUGAUAACUGUAUUUUGGGGGGCUCUUGGAGCAGCAGGCCCGUUUCCAAGAGCAGUGAGGCGAUUUUGUUGGAGAGCUCCUUGUCCUUCUCUACUGUGAUGGGUCUGAUUGGGAAAUCCAUCUGAUGAAGAAAGUUUCACAGGGAGAGGAUUGAAAGCAUUAAGCGUUGGCCUGCUUCUGUUCUCCUCUCUCCCUGUUCCUCUCCCCGCUCCUAUGCUGAAAAGUGAUUUAAUCCAAACCCCCAGUUGCUAAGACUAGAAUGCUUUUAAGGAGCUCACUCAGCCAACUUGCCCUGCCCUCUGUCACCUAUGACUUACGACAUCUGGCCCCAGCAGCCGGACCUCCCGUGACCCCAUCUCUGACUUCGGCAGCAAAGGAAGCGCAAAGCCCAGAGAAGGGGAGUCUCUGGCCUGACCUGGCCAUCAGGCUCCUUGCUGGGUUAGGCUGGAGCUCCUGAGUGUGCCCAGCUGAAGGGAUGAUCUUUCGUUCUGUUUUCCCAGUCCUGCUCAUCCUGUAGCAUAAAUGAAGUGCACUAUUAAACAGAAUAGUUUUUUAGAA